UGUAAUUGGUAUGAAAAUGUGGCCUCUUUUCUUUUUCAGAUCCUUGUGGUCAUUGAACCAUUGCUGAUUGAUGAAGAUUACUAUGCUCGAGUGGAAGGCCGAGAGAUUAUUUCUAAUUUGGCGAAGGCUGCUGGUUUGGCUACUAUGAUCUCCACCAUGAGACCGGACAUAGAUAACAUGGAUGAAUAUGUCCGUAACACAACGGCUAGAGCUUUUGCUGUCGUGGCGUCUGCCCUGGGCAUUCCUUCAUUAUUGCCCUUCUUAAAAGCUGUGUGCAAAAGCAAGAAGUCCUGGCAAGCAAGACACACUGGCAUUAAGAUUGUACAGCAGAUAGCUAUUCUUAUGGGCUGUGCUAUUUUGCCACAUCUCAGAAGUUUAGUUGAAAUCAUUGAGCAUGGUCUUGUGGAUGAGCAGCAGAAAGUUAGGACCAUUAGUGCUUUGGCCAUUGCUGCCUUAGCUGAAGCAGCAACUCCUUAUGGGAUUGAAUCUUUUGAUUCUGUGUUAAAGCCUCUAUGGAAGGGUAUCCGCCAACACAGAGGAAAGGGUCUGGCCGCUUUCUUAAAGGCCAUUGGGUAUCUCAUUCCUCUCAUGGAUGCAGAAUAUGCCAACUAUUACACUAGAGAAGUGAUGUUAAUCCUUAUUCGAGAAUUCCAAUCUCCUGAUGAAGAAAUGAAGAAAAUUGUGUUGAAGGUGGUAAAGCAGUGUUGUGGAACAGAUGGUGUAGAAGCAAACUACAUUAAAACAGAAAUUCUUCCUCCUUUUUUUAAACACUUCUGGCAACAUAGAAUGGCUUUGGAUAGACGAAAUUACCGACAGUUAGUUGAUACCACUGUGGAGUUGGCAAAUAAAGUAGGUGCAGCAGAAAUUAUAUCCAGGAUUGUGGAUGAUCUGAAAGAUGAAGCUGAACAGUACAGAAAAAUGGUGAUGGAGACAAUUGAGAAAAUUAUGGGCAACUUAGGAGCAGCGGAUAUUGAUCAUAAACUUGAAGAACAACUGAUUGAUGGUAUUCUUUAUGCUUUCCAAGAACAGACUACAGAGGACUCAGUAAUGUUAAAUGGCUUUGGGACAGUGGUCAAUGCUCUUGGCAAACGAGUCAAACCUUACUUGCCUCAGAUCUGUGGUACAGUUUUGUGGCGUUUAAAUAACAAAUCAGCAAAAGUUAGGCAACAGGCAGCUGACUUGAUCUCUAGAACUGCAGUUGUUAUGAAGACUUGUCAAGAGGAAAAAUUGAUGGGUCACUUGGGUGUUGUCUUGUACGAGUAUUUGGGUGAGGAGUACCCUGAAGUAUUGGGCAGCAUUCUUGGAGCACUGAAGGCCAUUGUAAAUGUAAUAGGUAUGCAUAAGAUGACCCCACCAAUUAAAGAUCUGCUGCCUAGACUUACCCCCAUCUUAAAGAACAGGCAUGAAAAAGUGCAAGAAAAUUGUAUUGAUCUUGUUGGACGUAUUGCUGACAGGGGAGCUGAAUAUGUGUCUGCAAGAGAAUGGAUGAGGAUUUGCUUUGAGCUUUUAGAGCUAUUAAAGGCUCAUAAAAAAGCUAUUCGUAGAGCUACAGUCAACACAUUUGGUUAUAUUGCAAAGGCUAUUGGCCCUCAUGAUGUAUUGGCUACACUUCUAAACAAUCUCAAAGUUCAGGAAAGGCAGAACAGAGUUUGUACCACUGUAGCAAUAGCCAUUGUUGCUGAAACAUGUUCACCCUUCACAGUACUACCUGCCUUAAUGAAUGAAUACAGAGUUCCUGAACUGAAUGUUCAAAAUGGAGUGUUAAAAUCUCUUUCAUUCUUGUUUGAAUAUAUUGGUGAAAUGGGGAAGGACUACAUUUAUGCUGUAACACCAUUACUUGAAGAUGCUUUAAUGGAUAGGGACCUCGUACACAGACAGACGGCUAGUGCAGUGGUACAACACAUGUCACUUGGGGUUUAUGGAUUUGGUUGUGAAGAUUCUCUAAAUCACUUGUUGAACUAUGUAUGGCCCAAUGUGUUUGAAACAUCUCCCCAUGUAAUUCAAGCAGUUAUGGGAGCCCUGGAGGGCCUAAGAGUUGCUAUUGGACCAUGUAGAAUGCUACAGUAUUGUUUACAGGGUCUAUUUCAUCCAGCCCGGAAAGUCAGAGAUGUGUAUUGGAAAAUUUACAAUUCCAUCUACAUUGGUUCACAGGAUGCUCUCAUAGCACAUUACCCAAGAAUCUACAAUGAUGAUAAGAACACCUAUAUUCGUUAUGAACUUGACUAUAUCUUAUAAUUUUGUUUAUUUUGUGUUUAAUGCACAGCUGUUUCACACUUUAAACUUGCUUCAAUUUGGUGAUGUAAACUUUUAAACAUUGCAGAUCAGCAUAGAACUGGUCAUAGAGGAAGAGCUAGAAAUGCAGUAGCAUGAUUUUUAAAUAACCCGUAUUUGUUUUUGAUGUUAAACAGUAAAUUGCCAGUAGUGACCAAGAACACAGUGAUUACACACACUUUACUGGAGGGAUUUCAUUUUUAAUUCAUCUUUAUGAAGAUUUAGAAUUCAUUCCUUGUGUUUAAAGGGAAUGUUUAAUUAAGAAAUAAACAUUUGUGUACAAAAUGCUAACUUGUGUGUGUUUUUUGAACAUGACUUGUAAAAUGCGGAACUUUGAUAAAAGUAUUGGUUUGUGUAGAGUAAGUGGUUUAAUUUCAUUUUUUGUCACCUGAUUUAUAGACAAUAGUUAGAAUACAAGCUAUAUAAAGUGAUGGCAUCUUUGUCAAAAUUCCAUUGUUUUGUUGAUAAUGAAAACAAAGAGUAGAUUUGGGGCUGUUCACCUCAAACUAGCACAAUCGUUCCAUCACCAUAGAGAAUGUAGCACCUUUGCUGAACUGUUUUGAAUAUUAUUUUGCACUUAACAUAGCGCCUUUCAUCUCUUGAUUUCUCAAAAUGCUUUGUGAACAUGUUUACAGGAGGUGAUUAAAGUCAUGUCCAACUCUUGACAAGUCUUUAGAAAGUGGGGAAGGUACCUACUUCAAAUCUGCUUUCUGUUGAGAGUGAGGCUACCUAUGUAAAGCUUACAGACUUAAGACAAUCUUCAGACUCUUCCCCAUGUCAUAAGCCUACUCAACAAUGUAUUCUAUAAAUACUUGUUGAGCACCUACUGUGUAUCGGCCCCAGCCAGUGUGCUAAGUGCAGGGGAUACAAAGGUGCUUUUGACCUGCCCUUUUUACCCUUAAGAAAUUCAAGUCAUUGGGAAAGGGGGAGUACAUUUGGCAUAAUGCUUUGGGCUACGAUACUACAUAGUGGCAGCAGCUGAAAUAACCUGGUUUGCUUAGUUUUUGCAUUUAGUAAUUAAGAUAAAUUGAUCUAUAGUUGUCAAACAAAUGAAAUGCCAUUUAAUUCUAGAGGAUUCAUGCAUUAAGGCAGUACUUAGGUUUUGGCAAAUAUUUUAAGCUUUUCCUAAUUUUCUGGCCAAAGAUUUCUUGAGUUGAUUUCUUCUAACUACCCACAGCCAUUUUGUUUUGUCUUCCAAUAUUAGUACUUCUGUGAAUUCUGAUGGGAAGUGAGAUUCUGCAACAAAUAAGCAUGGACUGACUCUGCCACUAUAAGGUAAACAUAGGCUAACACUAAGAUUUGUGUCUAGUUACUGUUAACAUCUACAGAGCUCCUUGGAGGCUUUGAUGAGAAAUAGCUUGUAAAGUUGGCUGACCAUUACCACAUUGACAGUGAACAUGAGCUGACUUGGAUAACAUGUCAAUGUGUAGUAAAACACAAUUCCCAAAAUCAUUCUAAAAUGUUUGUAACAAAAAGCCCCCAUGAAACUAAAACUUGCUGUUCUCAUAGUUGAUGUCAAAUAACCUUGAGGAAUUCUAAUCAUGAAAACAAAGACAACAAUUAGAUUUCAAAGCCCAAAAUUUAAGUCUUGAGAAAAUGUAUACUUCAAGUAUUUAUACAACUUCAGUUUACUUGGACCCUUAUUUAUGGAAAAUCUCUGCUUUGUAGUGGCAGUGUGCAGUAAGGAGACUACCACACCUUUAGUGACUUUUAACUGAUGUAGAAAGUGACUUGAAGAUAGAGAGGUGAGGGGGAUACUAAAGGUUAUGAGUUGGGACCAAAUAGGGACUCACAGGUCUUUGGAUUAUUUUAUAUGCUUAUUGUCGAAUAAGGAAGCAUUUUGUGAUAUACUUACAUGAAAGACGCUAUGUGAAGUUUUAACAAUCUCUUUUUCUUUCGCACUUUCUUUUGGUGUCUCUUAAAGCCAAACUUAAGCAGGAAGAAAUUGUUUUAAGGGAACCGUGGGUGGGUUUUUCUGUGGGCUUUUGUUGGUUUUUCUGUGGGCCCUCUAAUGGAAUUGAUCUCUUUGGCUGUUCAAUUUUUUUCAUAUUGUAUUUUUUAAAUUUGUUGUACGGUGCCCUGUGAGCAUCAAGUACUACCAGAUGAAUAAAACUUAUUAUAUCUAAAGUCUUAGACCA